GUAAGAAGGAAGGAAACGGAGGAGGAGGGGGGAAGAGAGAAAUGAGGGGCACAUCUGGCUAUAAAUAGUUUCAGAAGUCACCUACUGGUCACACCUCCCUUAUCCUAUUUCACACACCUUACUUAGACAAAGAUUUGCUUCUCUUUCAGAAAAAGCAGCUACAGACGACUUGCGAAGUUUCCAUUUUGGCCAAAGCUCUACUGAGGUUUAGAGCAGCCUGGCUUCGGAGGACGUGGAGUGCUGGGAGGGUCGAGGAGACCUGGGACUGAGGAUGGUGGUGGUGUUCUUGCUGGGGCUCAGCUGGUUCUGCGCUCCCCUGGGGGCUCUGGUUCUGGACUUCAACGACAUCAAGAGCCCUGCCAACGUACCAGGGGCUCAGAAGGGUUCACAGUGCUUGUCUGACAAGGACUGCAGCACCAGAAGAUUCUGCCUCAAGCCCCAAGAGGAGCCGUCAUUCUGCACGGCGUGUCGUGGGUUACGGAAGAGGUGCCAGCGCGAUGCCAUGUGCUGCCCAGGAGCGCUCUGCAUGAACGGUAUUUGUACUGCAAUGGAAGAUGCAACCCCGGUAUUGGAAAGGCAGAUGGCUGACCAAGAUGACAUAGAUACAAAAGGACCAACUGAGCAUCCAAUUCAGGAAAACAAACCCAAAAGGAAGCCAAAUUUUAAGAAAUCACAAGGUACUAAAGGAAAGAAGGGAGAAAGCUGUCUUAGAACUUUUGACUGCGGACCUGGGCUUUGCUGUGCUCGUCAUUUUUGGACUAAAAUUUGUAAACCAGUCCUAUUGGAGGGACAGGUCUGCUCUAGGAGAGGGGAUAAAGACACUGCUCAAGCUCCAGAAAUCUUCCAGCGCUGUGACUGUGGUCCUGGACUAUUAUGUCGAAAUCAAGUGACCGGCAGUCAACAACACGCACGGUUAAGAGUAUGCCAAAAAAUCUAAAAAGCUGCAAGUAUUUCAAAAUAAAGAUGACUCUUUAUUAUAUUCAAGCAGAAAUAUCAGGCAUU